AUGUCGCAGAUAUACGUCAAUGAACCCGCGACGGAGGGUAAGGUUGUGAUCACGACGACGCACGGCGAGCUCGAGGUUGAGUUGUUUAGCAGAGAAGCGCCGAUGGCGUGUAAAUCCUUCGUGCAGCACUGCUUAAACGGAUACUACGACGACUGUGCGUUCACGCGGUGCGUGGAAAACUUUGUUAUUCAAACCGGCGACCCGUCGAACACGGGAAGGGGUGGGACGAGCGCGUUGGGGGAUGGGAAGGAGACGUUCGCGGAUGAGUUUCACUCGCGACUACGAUUUAACACCCGAGGCCGCGUCGCGAUGGCGAACGCGGGGCGGAGGGACACGAAUGGGAGUCAGUUUUUCGUCACCCUGGAGGCGUGCGAGUGGUUGAACAAGAAGCACACUAUUUUUGGGAAAUUGGUCGGCGCGACGAUGUACAACGCGAUGGAAAUCGGAAAGUGCGAGACGGAUCGGGAUGAUCGACCGAUCGAUCCCGCGCCGAGAGUCGUACGAACAGAGGUGCUGAUGAACCCAUUUCCAGAGAUCACACGCGCGGUGCGAGUGGCGAGCGCGGAGGACGUGGAGAACGCAGAAGAUUUUAGAAGGAAGAAAAAGCCGAAGAAGAAGCUCGCGCUCUUAUCAUUCGGCGAAGAAGCCGCGGACGAGGAACAGGCGCUUGCAAAAGCGCCGAGAGGAAUUUUAUCUUCGCACGAUGUUGGUGGCGAUGACACGCUCGUGAGCGCGGAUGCGGAGGAGACGCGCGAGGCGCUCAAGCGCACGGCGAUCGAAAAGGCGGCGGCGCGUGAGCGUAAGAAAGAAACCGAAGAGGGGGCUGACGGGCGCGACGGGCGCGGUGGUGGAUCCUGGGAUGUGGAGGAGAACGGCGCCAACGCUGACGCGGCGUCGUUUCAGGAUCGUAUGCGAGAGAAGAUGUUGGCAAAACGUCGCGAGAUGGGUGACGUGGAUGGUGGCACGCGAGAGAUUGAGCGAGACGCGAAAGAGCGCGCGGAUAAGCGAGAGAUGAAGGAACAGCGUAGAAGAGAGAAACAAGCUAGGGCAGAGGAACGCAAACGUCGCGAGGUGACCAAGCUGAAGAAGCUCGGGCUCGGGAAGCGCGCGGUGCGAGACGAGGAGGCGGCGCUUCUGACGAGCGGUCAAGUGCAACGACUCGAGGCGAGAGCGCGAAAAUCGCGCACGCAGGAUCGUGAGAAGGAGACUCUCGAGCGGUUGGCCGCUUUCAACGCCGCUCUCAAGGGUCCGGCGAAGGAGAGCGGGAACGAGCCAUCCGCGGCGAGCGCCGCCGACGAAGAAACCGGCCGAGCCGGCGUCUCUCGAUUCGUCCCUCAAGGUCUCUAUUACAUGGACGACGACGCAGACGACGAUGACGACGCGAACGACUGGCGCUCUCACAAGCUUGCGUUCGUCCCCGAAGCCAAGCGCAACGACGCCGGCGCGUACAUGGCGUCCGUGGACGAUUAUGAAGUCAUCGAUCCUCUCUCGGUCUACGGCAAAGCCGUGGCCGAGGCAAAGGAGAAGAAGCGUGCCGCGGACGCGUCCAAGUCCAAGCGAUAG